AUCAUGUGUGAGUACUAGAUGGUAUUAUUCCAUUACCCUGCCAUCAUAAAUAAUUAAUUGCAAUUUGAGUGCUGCUUGAUAGUUUUAUAAAACAAACAUUCCAACUAUCGCCUUUUUAUUGGGACUUCGGAACUUUGCUCAGUAAAGUUUUCAGUAUUACAUUUCCAUAUUUUUGAUUUUUCUAAAAUGAUAUUCUUUUUACAAAUUCCUAUUGAUGGAUAAUUUUCCUUAGUUGAUAUUGCUUAAAAUACUCUUUUGAGCACAGCCAUAUAAAUGGAAUUCCAUUUUGUGUUGCCUGAGUAAUGGCUCCAAUUCUACGGCAAGGAGAAUUAUGUUUCACGUCCUACAAUAUCUCUACAGACCGAAACACAAACUCUAAAGCAGGAACUGAUAAUUACAGCGAAGAAGAUAAACAUGCUCUCCUAUACAUUGUUUGCACUCUUCUCUUUUACUCACUUGGGAUAAUGAUUGGCAUAGUGUCGUACAUAAAAAGAGAAAAACAAGACAUAGAACAGGAAAAAAUGUUUGAUGACUUUUUAACAUCAUUUAGAGGUGAAACAGAAGCAGUGCAUUACAGGCAAUUUAAAGUACAAGAAACUAUAGAACGGUUAGCCGAAAUAGAAAGGGCUGAUGAAAAAAGUUUCGAUGACUUUAAUGCAGGAAAAGUGAUUUGUGGUAGGAAAAAGCAUUUAUACAAAUUUGCAAAUGUAAGCUUUAUACAGGCACCUGUAGUUAAAGUAAACAGCAUGACAAGUGUAGCGACCGGUAAUGAACAAGAGCGUGAUGCAGAAAAUUUUGACCCGUUUUUUGAUAGAAGACUGUCUGAAGUUGUGGCAGAAAUGAUAGCUGAUAAAUACAUUGAAAACCGCAGUAAAACUAUGACAAAUAAUUUGAACGUUAAAGAAAAUAAAGACAAUAAAAAUAAAUCCAUUGACUGCGACAGAGCAAUUGAAAAUAAAGACUUAUGCAAAGAAUCACUAAGAAAAGCAGAAUCUGAUCUUUAUUAUGACAAAAUGGUGCUUGAGAAAGAUACAUCUUCCUGCUGUAACGAAGCUACACUGCCACAUGACAAACUCCAACCAGAAUAUCCCCAAGACGAUUCCGUUUAUCACAGCAUCAAAACUAACACAGGCAGAAUUAUAGAGACAACAUUCGGAGUCAAUGUAUAUCAGGAAAAUCUUAACAUAACACCUGGAGAACAGUUAAACAAAGAAGCGAAUUUUGGUAAGGGAAAUAAACAAAGAGAUUUGACAUUCAAAUGGUCUGUAACUAGUGUUUAAGACAAAUAAAAGAAAAAUAUGUCAGACCACAGAAAGUUAUAAAACAAUGGUUUGCACCGUCCGAAUGUCACAUGAAAAUGUUUAAGUGGGUAUAUAUAAGCUUAUUUACUGUCACAUAUGUUGGCAAUAUAUGCAACAGAAAAUGUGUUCAAGUUAAGUUUUCACCGAGAACGAAAUUACGUGACAAAAAAGAGUUUAGUUGUCAGGGAAAAUCUAACUGAACGUUAAGGAGAGUUAAGAGUCUGUAAAUAGCAAUGCGAAAAUAACAGCAUGGUUGUUGUUUUUCUAUAUCGGUUGUUUUAUAAAUCUGACUGCGCAGAUACAUUUUAUGGUACAAAUCAUACAAUGUUUUGUGUUUCUUUUUCAAAAUUAACAGCUAUCAAUAAGCAAGCACCGUGCAAGAGCAAGGUGUCACCUUGAUAUAUAUCUAUAGUAUUGUCUUU